AUGGAAGAAAAUGAAAUAUGGAUGAAUCAAAUAAUUCAACAAGUAAAUAAAAUGAGUAUUAUUCCAUAUUACACAAUUGAUAAAAUUCCUAUAGAUAAGAAUGUAUUAUAUCUUAUUUAUGAAGAAAAUGAAAUAACAAUGGAAAUAAUAAAAGAAAUAGGAGUAAAAGAAUUUGAAAUAAUAAAAUAUGAUAAUAAAGGAAUUAAUUAUUUAAAAGAAAUUAAAGAUGAAGAAACAAUGAAAGAAUUUCAAAGAAAAAUGAAAAGAAAAGAAGAAGAAGAAGAAGAUAAUAAAAAUAUAUAUGAUAUAAUUGAAAUAAUUAAUAAAGGAGAAAUAAUUAAUAAAAUGAUAAUUCAUAUUUCAAGAAGUAUUUAUAAAAGAAUAGAAGACUAUAAUAAAGAAGAAAUAAUACAAGAAUUUAUAUAUUCAGGAAAUGAUUAUUGUAUAGUUAAUUUAAAAAUGAAUAAUGAAAAUAUAAUUAAUGAUUUAAUGAAAAUACGAAUGAACAAUUUAUUUUCAAAAUCUUUAGCAUCAAAACCAUUUAGUUGUAUUGUAUUUAAAAAAUCAACACCUGAUCAAAUUAUUCCAUUUCCAAGAAAACUUAAUGGAUAUAUUAUUACUAUUCCACAAAAUUAUUUUUAUAAUCAAAAAAGUUGGGAAUUUUAUGAACAUCCUCCUUUUUAUUUAACAACACCAAGCACUAUUUUAAUUUCUUCUGAUUGUUGUAAAGGAAAGAAUUUAUUUAUUAGUAAAUGUGAAUGUCCUAUAAUUAAUAAUAAUUUCUUUGCUUUUAAAGAAAGACGUUUAUCUUAUAAUUCUGAUCUUUUAUGGGCAAUUAAUACUGUUGAAAAACAAUUAAUUGCUAAAUACAUUGCUUCAAAAUUUUCUCUUCUUUCUAUUUCUAUUUUAUCUCAACGUGUUUUUAUUCAAACUGAUAUUAAUCUCCCUAGAAUUCUUAAAAUUUCUGAUCUUCUUUCUUUAAAUUCUCCUAGAAUUGCUAUUCUUGAACCUUGGGUUGAUGGUCUUUCUUCUUGUACUAAUACUCCUUCUUUUGAUGCUCUCAAACAUUGGUCUUAUUUCUAUACUUCAAAACGUUUAAUAUUUACUUCGAUGAUUUCUUCUCAUUCUUUUUCUCUUAAUCAUGACUCUCCUGUACUUGCUACUGAUAUCCAUCUAGCCCAUGAAAGUCUUUCUAAAUUUUUCUUUGCAAAUGAUGGUUCUUAUCCUGAUAUUCAAUCUCAUCUUACUCUUCAUCAUUGCAACUCUUUAUGUUCUUCUUUCCCUCUUUAA